AUGUCGCAACAGGGUUCCGGCGGCGGGGCCCAGGGGCGCCCCGGCGGCGUGCCGCUGGCGCUGGGGCAGGGGCUACGGCGCAUGAGCAAGUGGCAGUGGGCGAUCGGGGUGGUCGCAGUCGCGGCGCAGGCCGCGCUGCUGCACGCGACUGCCACGUCUGAUGAGAGCGAGGCCAGGUACGAGGAGCAGCUGGAGCCGUACCGGCGUGACCUUCUCGCACGCAUCGCCCAGGAGGCCAGCGCGGGCGCCAGCAGGCGGAAAGAGCCCCUGACGGUCGUGGAGAUCGGGAUCGGCGACUGCGAAAGAAACAUGACCUUCUACCAGCAGGCCGCCGCGGGGCCGCUGAAGGACCGCGAAGUCAGGCUCGUCGGGGUGGACCCGAGCACGUACAACGCGAAGAAGCUGGACACGCGCGUGCAGCGGGACAAGCGCUUCGACGCGUGGCCCAGCAACCUGGCGUUCGCGCAGGAGCUUCGCGGCGCCGAGGCGCUGCCGUUUGCGGACAGCUCGGUGGACGUGGCGGUCUCGACUCUCACGCUGUGCUCGCUGCACCGCCCGAUGCGCUCCGUGGGCGAGCUGCACCGCGUCCUCAAGCCCGGCGGCGUCCUCCUCUUCCUCGAGCACGUGCCCGACGCCGACCACCGAGGGUUGGCCAUGGCCGUCCUCAACCCCCUUAGCGUGAUGUUCCGGAAGGGCUGCCGGCUCGACCGCGACACGGAGGCGCUGGUGCGCGGCGCGGGAUUUGCGGAGGUGCGCGUCGUGGGGGAGGUCGGGGCGCGCCUGCCGGGCGCCGUGGGCCUCGUGGCGCGGGUCCUCGGCCUCGCGGAGGUGCGGCACAAGAUCGGAGUUGCGCGGAAGUGA